GAUGAUCAUGACGUUUGCUAUUGGCUGGUUCAAAAAGAAGGCGUUUUAAGCGCUAACGGUUUCAGUUUGAGUUGUGUCGCCUUUGGAAUAGACGGUUUUGGUACGCUGUCGAAUAACACAUUUGAGAUUAUGGCCGAAAGCGACUCUGGCGAUGCCUCUGAGCGCUACGAAUAUGACGCCCCGUCCCAUGUUGUCGACUUUGUAGAACUGGCGAAUGCAAAAAAUGAAGAUACGUGGUUUGAGCAACAGAUCAGUGCAGCAGAUGGCCAUCUUAAAACUCCUCUGAGGCCUAGCCUACCCUUUAGGAGAAGCCAUGGACCUGACCUUCCAAGAGCCAUCGUACCUCCUCAAGUCAAGACUGAUGAGGAAUCCGGUCCCAGUGCAUCCACAUCUCAACCUUCAAAUCUUGUCACGUCCUGGGGUGCUGGAUCUCCUGCUCGCACUGGUGCACGACCAAAGAGGAAGACUGUUAAUCAACCCCCUGCCCAGCCACGAAGGGUUUCAAAACGUAAAGAGAUGAGCAGUGCUCCAGCUCCACCACCAUCAAAGAAACACAAAAAAACUCCUCCUGUUGCCCGAAAAUCCAGAAGUAUCCUUCGCAGCAAGGGGCAACAGAAUACCAGGACUGGGCCUGUGACCCGUGCAGCAGCCUCUGUCACAGCAAACACAGAGCCAAGUAGCUCUGAAGAACAGGAGCUGGAGCGCAUCAGGAACCUCCAGAAGGAAGUAGCUCUGCAUCGCAAGAAGAACGAGGCCAGCUACAAAGCUGCUCUGGCUGGCAAUCCACCACCAAAGAAGAUGGCCCUGUCAGUGACUGUGCCUAAAGAAUUCAACUUCAACACAAAGACCCGUGUUAAAGCGACCACUUCAUCAAACACAUCCCACAAAGAAGUGGACUUUAUCACUCAGCUUCGCAAACCUUCCUCUCCAGCAAAGACUAUGAAAGGUGCCACCGUGCCCAAACCCUUCAACCUGUCAACAGGCAACAAGAGAGGGGUAGAGGAGUCUGCUGCCUACGUGCCCAUGGCUCAGCAGAUACAGCAGUUCCAGAAACGAACCCCUGACCGCUACCAUCUGCACAGUCGCAGGAGUGUAGAGAGAGGGCCAUCCCCAGUGAAAGGUGAUAACCUGAAGCUCACCCAGCCUCACACCCCUCGCCUCAUGACCCGUCAAAGGAGCCGGCCACCCACCGUUAAGAGCAGCGCUGAGCUGGAGGCUGAAGAGGUGGACAAACUUCACAAGUUUAAGUUCAAUGCCUUGGAGCUGAACAGGAAAAUACUGGAGAGCGCAGAGUGCCUGAAGAAGCCAGCAGUGAAGGAACCUACUGUACCUGAAGGCUUUGAGCUUCAAAUUGAAAAACGGCUCCAUGAGAGACAGACCACUAAGAAGUCUCAGGAAGGUGAAGAGAAGUCAAACAUGUUUAAAGCUCAACCUCUGCCCCAAAAGAUCCUGGAAGGAGUGGUGGGUUUGCCAGAGAAGAAAGUUCUGCAUCCAACUGUGCCAGAGUCUCCAGCUUUUGCCCUUAAGAAGAGGGUCCGUGUGGAGCCUAAAUUUGAAGACGUAAAACAGCCCUCAACAUUCAAGGCCCCACCAGUGCCUCAUUUUGGCCUCCCCUUCCAGCCCAAGCUACCAGAAAACCGCCAUGUGGAAGUCUGUCCUUUCUCCUUUGAAGAGAGGGAACAAGAGAGGAGGGUACUGAAAGAGAAGAAGCUGGAGGAGAUGCGAAAUGAAGAGGUACCACAGUUCAAGGCCCAGCCACUGCCAGACUUCGAUGCCUUGGUCCUCCCUGAGAAGAAGAAGAUGGAGCCCACAAAGCCCGAGCCCUUUAGACUGCUCCUGGAUGAACGGGGAGCUGUGAGGAGCACACGCUGGGAACAGAUGACAAAAGAUGAGCAGAAACUGGAAGAAGCAGCGGCAUUUAAAGCCAGGCCCAACACUGUCACUCAUAAAGAGCCUUUUCUGCCCAAAAAAGAGCGCCGGGCUCCAGUAGUUGUGGAGGCCUUCGAGCUGUCGACAGAGCGACGGGCCCGGGAGCGGCAAGAGUUCGAACGGCUGGCCAGUGAGAAGGAGGCUUUGCGGAUGCUGAUGGAGGAAGAGAUGAGACGAGAGGAGGAGCAAAGACAGAAGGAGGAGAUUGCCAGGCUGCGUCAAGAACAGGUUCACAUUGCUCAGCCCAUCAGACAAUACAAGCCUGUGGCAGUGAAGAAGAGUGAAGUUCCUCUCACUGUCCCCCAGUCACCGAACUUCUCUGACCGCUUCCGCUUGUGAUUAGCCUGCCUCGCUUCACUCUCUGUAUAUUUUUUAACUUCAGUGUGUUUCAUCUUUCUCAAAUGAAAUGUUACAUCUUUGCCAUUGUUAGUUAGUUAGUAGAAUACUGGCUAUAAAGUUGUAAAUCAAUGUGUAUUUGAAAUGACAGAAGCUGUUUUUUACUCUCUGUUCCAUGUUGAGUUCUAGAUCAUAACCAUGUUCUGUAUAUGCUCCGUUUUAACAGACAAAACACUUUUGGGUUCAGUGUCUUGCCCACACUUGUUGAACCAGCAAACCACCCCAUGGGUUCCCUCCCUUUCUAUUUUUUUUUUUUUAUAUAACUUCUUUAAAAUAAAGGAUAUAAAAUAUUA